GCCAGAGAUGAAAGCAUAGAUAUCUAUGAUGAAAGCAAAGCCUCAUUAAUCAUGAUGACGGAGACGGCACACAGGAAUGCUCGGUGUGUGCUAUGGCUACUAUAAACACCUCUUAUUAUCCUAACCGAAAAUACAGCAUUCAAGGUGAAGAUGGAUCCUCUGGAGCAGUGGAUAUGAGAGCAGAGGAAGCAACCUUCUACUACCCCUGGGAUGUGUCUAAGCAGUCUUCUAGCAAUGGAACAGCCUUUGGAGCAGUCUUCAUCGUUGUGAAUGCUGCUCUAGGUGCUGGACUGUUGUCUUUACCUCUAGCCUUCUAUCAGGCAGGGGGAGUAACACAAGGCAUUGCAAUAGAGCUGGUACUACUGGUGUUUGUUAUAUCCAGUGUACUAGUCCUAGCCUAUGGUGCUGAGUUGAAGCACAAGACUACCUAUGAGGACACAGUGGAGGCGGUGUGUGGCCCUGUGGUCAAGUUAGUAGCUGAGAUCUGUCUAUUGGCCUUCUGUUUUGGUUCCAACAUAACCUACCUGGUCAUAGUGGGCGACCAACUAGAGGAUAUGUCCUCUGGCAUAAUCCAAUCUCUGAACCUCACUGCAAACGAAACUAAUCACAUCAAAAGCAGUUUCUACGUUGACAGACGAUUCAUAAUAGCCAUAGUAGCGUGUGUCUUCAUACUACCAUGGCUGUUCUUCAAGAAGAUCGGUGUCCUCAGCUACACAAGUUUCCUUGCUGUUCUCUGCUGUUUCUACAUAGCUGCUGUCGUGACAACUAGACACUUCAUUGGUACAACCGAUUGUGAAGUAUCCACCACUCAAGUCCAUUGUUCGCGAUCCUGGCCUGAUGUUGUCAAUGCUAUUCCAUUCAUCUGCUUUGGCUACCAGUGUCAUGUGUCGUCCAUUCCCAUCUAUGUGGGUCUCAAGAAGCGCACUGUUAAGAGAUUCUUCUUUAUUAUUGUAUUUGCUGUCCUCAUCUGUUUCGUCGUUUAUACCCUCACUGGGACCUUUGGCUAUCUGACCUUUGUCCCCGGUACCUGUAUACAAUCGGAUAUUCUGCGCAACUACUGCAAUAAGGAUAUACUAGUGGACGUGGCACGAGGUCUACUAGCCCUCGUCAUGGUUACCUCUUACCCCAUCCUAACAUUCUGUGGAAGAACUCCCCUGGACUCCAUAUUGGUGAAGCUGUUUCGUGUGUGUCGGUUGAGUAUCAGUCAUGACAAGUACAAGUGGGCACGGCUGAGGAUUGAGAGUCUUAUAUGGUUUGUCAUCACUCUCGCGCUGGCCAUACUAGUGGAGCAGAUAUCUAAUGUGGUCAGUCUGACUGGAGGACUGGCUGCCACCUUCAUAUUCGUGUUCCCAGGUAUGAUGAUCAUUCAGUUUGCAUUGUCCUCGAAAACGCAUUCCCACGUCAAGAAAACUUUUUUUGUUGCCUACGGCUGUUUUAUUAUUGUCAUUGGCAGUUUCAUAUUUGGAAACAGUUUAGUGUACACGAUUCUGCUUGAUAGUAAAUUGAUUUAGUGUGUGUGUGUGUGUGUGCGGUUACAGUUUAUGUUUCUAUUUAUGCGGUGCAUUAAAGUUAUGUGAAAUAUUGAAAUUAAUUGG